GUUCUGAUUAUUUAGUUGUAGUUUGGUCGAUUGAAUUGACGGUCGGAGAUUAUUUGGUAUUGUAUGAUUACUCAGCACCACUGCUGACGUAAUGAUUUGCCCCACUGUAUAGGCAGCUUUGCUUAAAGAAGUAGGCGGUGAGAGAAAUUCUGAAGAUUACUGGCAGAAAGAGGGUCCUGGUACGUUCCACAAUUUUUUUCUUCGCAGAGUAAGAAGCCGACGAUUUUUUCCUUCCAAUCGAUUAGGAAGCGCGAUUCGUUUUUCUACGGAUGAGACGUUAACACUGGACCAUAACCCAACUUUGAGGUUAUGUCAAAUAAUUCACACACUAAUAAUCCUCCCAAAAACUCACAAGGACCACCUGCUUGGUUGUUCAGUAACAAUUCCAGCAAUCCGUCCGUGUCCACAUCUGCGCCGCCAAACGCCGACACCCCUACAAUGGCGAAGAAAACCCAAAAAGCCGCGAAGGCAUCCGUAACCGCGGGCCCCUCAGCUUCGGCCUCUGCUAGCCAGGGCCAAGUCCCACCAAGUCAACUCAUGGACCUAGUCGAAUCGUUCCUAUCCGACCAAGGUUUCGACAACGCCCAUCGCGAAUUCCAGAAACACCGAGCGAAGAAGGGCUGGAAGGAGCAAGGUGCUGGAAAGAAGAACAAGAAGAAGGCCCAUCACUCCCUAGUGAGCGUGUUCCAGACAUGGGAGACAUUCUCCAGUCAGGUCAACACGCCCGUCCUUGCUAAGGAGGAUCCCAUGGAGAAGGUCACCAAGGUUAGCAGUAGCAGCAGUGAAAGCGACAGUAGCGAUGACUCAAGCUCAGAGAGUGAGAGUGAUAGUGAUGACGCAGGGGAUGUUGCCAUGGAUGACGCGCCUGCUGCCGACGAAUCCAGCUCUUCUGAAAGCUCUAGCUCUGAAGAUAGCGACAGCGGUGACAGCGAAAGCGAAAGUGACGAAGAGGAUGCGAAGCCCGCCAAACCAGCCGCCGGUGCUGCCAAAAACGGCGUGAAUCCCCGGAAGCGAAAGGCGGAGUCGGACAGCGAGAGCUCCGACUCUGAUUCUGACGAGGACAUGUCAGACUCAAGCUCGGACGACAAACGACCACAAACUAAGAAGGCAAAGACUAGUUCAAGCUCUGACGAAAGUUCGUCAUCGGAGUCUUCCGAUUCUUCGGAUGACGAGAGCUCCGAGGAUGAGGACGAUAGUGACGCCAAGCCCAAGGUCACUAACAAACCUAAAGCCGAAGAUGAUGAUUCUUCUAGUUCUGAAUCUGGAUCUGAUUCCGAUGAUGAGUCAGACUCCGAGUCCGAAGAAGAGCCACAGGUGGACUUGAAAGUAGCUGCCGAAGUGCCACUGCCUGACUCCGAUUCCGAUUCAAGUGAUUCCGAUUCCGACUCCGACUCUAACUCUGAGUCAGAUGAGGAAAAGCCAAAACCCAAAGCCAAGAACAACGCCGCUAGUGGAUCAGGCUCAGACAGCUCCGCGACAUUAGACAAGGCUUCGCCCGAGUUUGCGCCCCUUCCACCUGACCCAAACACCCUGAAGGCGAAUAACAGGGGUAAGAACGGAAUCAAAGCCACUAGGACUCAAAAUCAGCCUUUCUCCCGCAUUCGCAAGGAUGUGACUAUCGACCCAAGAUUAUCAUCCAAUGCUUAUGUCACCCAUGGGUACGGUGAGAAAGCCCAUCAGGAUCUUAUUGUGACCAAAGGCAAGGGCUUCACCAAGGAGAAGAACAAGAAGAAGCGGGGAAGCUACAAGGGCGGUCCAUUGGAUGUGAACAUGAGCCGAAGCAUCAAAUUCGAUGAUUAGAAGCCACGAGUUCCUGCCGAGUCACUCAGGCGAUCCAGAAGUACCCCCAAGUAGAGAGAAGGGUGUAGGUCGAAAAAAAGAAGCCGAGGCUACUCGCACGUCCAAGGAAAGUUCCGCCGUCGCCAAGGCUACCGUCGACCAACUUCAAGAAAAGGAAGAAGGAUGGUUGAUCCGCUCGAAACGCGCGCUUAUGGAAUGUUACGCAUUUAUCUCGUCAACGGUCUCACAAACAUCUGUAUAUGGACUAAAAGGGGAUUUGUUAUUAUUUUUUUCAUUCGAUACCACUUCUACGCUGCAUGGCAGUCGACCGUACAUUAAGCAUGCCGACUUUUGCGGAGUACAUUAGAUUUGAGAAAAAGCCGUUAUUUGACAGAUAGAUGAUUGUCAUGAUAGGAUGUUUGCUUGGCUUAGUCUUGCGGCGGUGUUCUUAAUUACGUUUUUUGUUAAUAGGAUGAACAAAGAAUCCUAGGAUCCCGCAAUAGAGUAUUAAUCAUUUAGACGAAUGAAUUUAAUCCAGCCCCAGCCUCUUUCGUAUUCUUCAACAUGACUUGUCGG